AUGUUCAGAAGUGUGGCACGUAUGUUUCCUUUAGCUAUGGGCGGUAGAUUGGCGUCUACGAUGGUAUCAAAACCAGCUAUGAACUCCGUUAUUUUUAACCAACCAUUAAAACCAGAAGCGCAUUUCAUCCAAUCUGGUUUAUUUGCAAACAACAAAAUAGCUCAAGGAAUAUUUGAAAUCAACGAUCCUAUUUCGGAAUCCAGUGUUACUGAAAUGAUCAUGACCUCUGUGCUAAGAAAGAGAAGAUUAAAAAUGAAAAAGCAUAAGUUAAGAAAGAGAAGAAAGGCACAAAGGGCUUUGAGGAUUAAGAUUGGUAAAUGA